GGCUAAAGUCAGAUAUCAAAGCGCCCAAUUAAAUGCCGGCAGAUAUGCCCCACAUUUCGGAGAACGAUUUUAUAAGAAAUCACAUUUUCCUAGCGCCUAACGGCGAAUACAGGCGGCAUUUGCUUCAGCUGUGCGAGCUUUGCGUGGAGCGCGAAAAGAAGGUGCUUCUGAUGACCCAAAACCAAAUGACUUUGCCCGGCACAUUGAAAAAGCCGCGAUCGCUAGUUCAUAUGGAACGCUGGAUGAGCAUUGCACUCAAGGACAUUGAGAGCGCACCGCGCCGCAUUAUCGAGCUAUACGAUUGCCAACCGCGUCCUGAUCUCAUUAUAUUCGAUAUGCAUUCGAUUGUCGCCGAACUAAUUGGCCGCCCAGUGCUGCAGCAGUGCUCCAGGAAGACACUGGUACGUCACGUAGCCAAGUGUGCCGCUGCCUUUUGCAAUUAUCUGGAAAUGGUGCACGUGUCCAAACAGAAGCAGAAUCGAAACGCUGUCGACGCCAUCGUUGUCAUGCCCACCGAGACAUAUCCAUUGACACCGGCUCAAUUCAAGCUGCUCAUAGGACUUUACUUUAGCGGCAAUGAGCUAUAUACGAACUUUUCCGCUCUCUCGGAACGCAUACGCCUCUCCCAGGGCCUGCACUGAGAGAUGAUGUAUAUAGGUGUAAAUAGUGCCUUUAUAUAUAGUUAAAUGUUAAUGUUUAAUUGUUAAAUAAUGGCCUCAGUUGCUGCCUUUGAAGUGUUUCAAGUUUCUCAUUGAUAUAAGAUCCUUACUUAAUAUAUCAAGAUUAGAGCAAACCAUUGGAUGAUUAUUAUAUAUAAGUAUAUAUUUGUAAAAGCAAUAUAUAAUUCACUAUACUGUUCUUCAUGCAAUUAAGAUUUAAGUGUUGAA